AUGAAUGGAACUAUGGACGAUGAACAGCGUUUGCUGCACAGCAAUCCAAUGAGACCAGUUCCAUUAAAUCACAACUUCUAUGAGCAAAUUUUGCAGAAAAAUCUUGGGUCGGCAUUUGAUGAAACCGCGAGUACUGCGGAAAGUUCUGAACACUCGUAUCCAUCUACGUCUGCUACUGCACCGGACACUGCAAAUAUUGUCGAACAUCUCAUGAAAACCAACGAAAGAUACAUCGCUGAAGCCGCGUUGAAACAGGUAGCGAACAGCGUGGUCAACGUAAAUCAUCAGCAAUUCAAUGAUUUGAUACCGAUUUCUUUCGACCAAGACGAGUUUAUUAAAAAUAUCGAAGCACAAAUGGCUGCGAAAAAACGAUAA